CUAGACCAAAGUUGGAAAAGUCCUCACCAAGGGUUUCUAUGGUCUUUCCGAUGACACCAAGAUCUACACCUAUUUCGAGGGUUGCUCCGACGGCGGCCGCGAGGGCAUGAGCCAGGUCCAGCGCUGGGGCGACGAGUACGGCGGCGUCAUCGCAGGUGCCCCGGCUUUCCGCUUUGCUCAGCAGCAAGUCCUCCAUGUCCUCUCUUCCACUGUGGAAAAGAUGCUCGACUAUCUUCCACCCCCGUGCGAGCUGGCCAAGAUCGUCAACGCCACCAUUGCUGCCUGCGAUGGGCUUGAUGGCAGGAGUGACGGGGUCGUGUCGAGAACCGAUCUCUGCAAGCUCAAAUUUAACCUCAAGUCGGUCAUCGGAGAGUCCUACUACUGCGCCGCCAAGAACAGCACCUCUCUCGGGUCUGGCUUCAACAAGGCCAAGCGCCAGGCACCGGGGAGCCAAACGAGCUACCAGCUCGAGCAGAGCGGCACCGUGAGUGCAAAGGGCGUCGCUGUAGCCCAGGCCAUCUACGACGGGCUGCACAACUCGGCCGGAGAGAGGGCGUAUCUCUCCUGGCAGAUCGCCUCGGAACUUGCGGAUGCGUCCACGACCUACAACUCGGCCAUCGGCGCCUGGGAACUCAACAUUCCGUCGAUCGGAGGCGAAUAUGUCACUAAGUUCGUCCAGCUCCUCGACCUCGACAACCUGCCCAGCCUGGAUAAUGUCACGUACGACACGCUGGUGGACUGGAUGACAACCGGCAUGUACCGGUACAUGGACAGCCUGCAGACCACCCUGCCCGAUCUCACCACCUUCCAGUCCUCCGGCGGCAAGCUGCUCCAUUACCACGGCGAAUCCGACUCCAGCAUCCCCGCCGCCUCCUCCGUGCACUACUGGCAGUCCGUGCGGUCCGUCAUGUACCCCAGUCUCUCCGACGAGCAAAGCCUGGCGGCGCUCGCGGACUGGUACCAGCUCUACCUGGUCCCGGGCGCCGGCCACUGCGGAGCCAACCCCCUGCAGCCGGGGCCGUUCCCCCGCAACAACAUGAACGUCAUGAUCGACUGGGUCGAGAACGGCGUCAGGCCGUCCAGGCUCAACGCCACCGUCUCGUCUGGCAAGUACGCCGGCGAGACCCAGAUGCUCUGCCAGUGGCCGACUCGCCCCCUCUGGCGCUCCAACGACAGCUCCACCUUUGACUGUGUGACGGAUGCGGCGAGCUAUGAGAGCUGGACCUACACCUUCCCUGCGUUUAAGGUGCCUGUGUACUAAUGUGAGCGAUGUCGGGCGACCUCGAGCGGUCUGGGCUGUAAUUUAGGAGUGCAUUUGUAUAGGGCCUAUAAGGGAAUAUUAAUGAAACGGUCAUCACGGCAAGUCCUCGCCUCCGUGGACGGGUUGUCGCCACAGCCUCCAGAACAGAAAACGGAACGGGGCGCGUGCACCGAACACACCGUACCACAACUCGGCCGAACUA